AUGCAAGGGAAGGUAGGGAGAGGAACGAGGAAGAGUAAGUUUUUUUCAUAAGUAAGCUUUUUUCAACUUCGUCCCGGUUUGGCUCACAAGGAGAGUACUUCUAUGGGGUAUGGAGUUACAGGUCGAGACAUAUAUCAAAAAAAUCGCAAAAUUUUUCUGAUUCAGAAUAUGUAAAAAUUAGCUGUCGACUUUUGGUUUGUAAGGGCGAAAAAUCCCACAGAACUUUUCUCGCAACACCACGCAAAUGCAUUUUUGGCCGAGUUUUUACCAAUUCAAAGGUUUUGUUUUGAGCUAGUCCACGAAAAUGGCCCUUUUUUACAUUGGAACUGCUAAUUAAGGAGAUGCCAGAUUUUACUUUAGUUCCAAACAAAGCUUUUGAAUGCGUAAAAACUUGGUCAAAAGGAGCAUUUUCAUGGUGUUGCGAGAAAAGUUCUGUGGCAUUUUUCGCCCUUACAAACCAAAAGUCGACAGCUAAUUUUUACAUAUUCUGAAUCAGAAAAAUUUUGCGUAUUUUUUGGUAUAUGACUCGACCUGUAACUCCAUACCCCGUAGAAGUACUUUCCUUGUGAAACAAGUGUUCACAGUAAAUAUAGCGAUUUUUCAGGCCGUAAAAGAGCAACGCACAGAGUGGAAAAAAGCUUCGUCUUCCAAGUGCCUUGGAAGUCGGCCCAGGCCAGGAUGAAGACCCCUCGAAAUGACUCCAGCUCUGAGGUUGGUCGUAAGUGCCUUGGAAGCCGGCCCGGGCCAGCAACGACUCUUCUAGCAGGAAUACGUCAGAUUCAGAUGACGACAGCAACGAUUCCAAUUAAAAAUGAUCGUAAUUGA